CACAAAGGUAAAAGACGCAUACCUUCACCUGUCAGCCACUUAUUGUGUCGGAAACCGGUCUACCUUAAGAAGAGUUGGAUGUGGGAGAGUUAAUUCCUCUUUCAUUUAUUUGUUCUUCUCGAUUUUCUUUUCUCCUGCGGGUGGAUUCUUCAUAGCUUCUCGAAUUUCACAAUAAAAGAACUUUUGAAAAAUACCGUCUGCUGAUAUUGAAUUCGUGCUUUAAGGAUUCUUGAAGAAGGAAAAAAUGGCGCAUUAUAAAAUUCCAAGAUACCAAUUACUGUUGAUAGUCAGCAGCAUGGUCAUCGUAUCUUUAGGAGCAAAGAUCUCUGAAAAGACGCAAAAGGACUUUAAGAAAUCCAAACCCAGUGAACUGUCUGCAGCAGCGAGUGUAGCCAUGAAAAGUUUCAAGCUUCAGUCCGUUUCGCCGAGAUCGUCAGCAUCUGCCGCCAGUAUUAGAUACGGCUACCCUUAUGCUAUUGCCCCCACUCUCUCCCCAGGUAUCAAUGCAAGAUCAGACGAUUUAGAUAAAGAAGCAAUCAUUCCUCAGGCUAAAUCCUUUGGAAGCAAGGUGGCUGCAUCCGAAGAAUCUUUUAAGAAGGCUCCGAAGAAGUAUAAGUCUCCUUUCAGCUUCGGGGCCACCCGGAGGUUGGGUUUCGAUAGCGACGAAGAAACCUCUACAGAAAAGAAAAUUUUCAAUUACAGAACCCCCAAGUACAGGAACUAUGAUGAAUUGGAAAGCGUGUAUCAACCUAGAAGAGUGGACAUCAGCUCUCCUUACUCAUCUUUCUCCUACACCCCGAAGUCUUCAAGACGACCCCCUGUCUCUCCAAGAGACCCUUACCUAUCCCCCUCUCAUGAGCCAUCUGACACCUUCUAUCCAUCAGUGCCCAAAGUGAAAAGCUACGGCUCCUCAUACAGUAGUGAUCGCGACGUGCCAUCCUAUGGCGUUGGCAAAUACGAAGAUCCAUACAGUGAUGUUUCUGGAGAAUACGGAAAAAGCAGCUACAGUGGAUCUUCCAGCUACGCACCAACUGGAGGGCAUUACGGCUAUGAAGAGGAUUAUACCAUUGAGAGUAAUAAACCAAUCACAGGAGACAUAAGAAAGAGGCUUCUGGAUUACGCAGGCGCAUCCGAUUUGUAUGAAGGUGAACCAGAUUACCUCCAGGAAAUUGCUAGGAACAAGCAUAAAUAUGGGCAUGUUGCAAACGACUAUUAUGGAAGUGGGCCACAGGGAUACAGAAGUUCUUACAGAGAUUUUCCAUAUGUUGAAUCUAAAGUAUCCGUAGUGAAAAAGCCCAGGUCAUAAAAAAAUGAAUACAUCUGUUGCCAUGAAGGCAUAAUAUGUCAUAGUAUGCCAGCUGACAACACCAGAUUCUUCAUCUGUGAGAGAAUACGCAACAAUCCUUGUGGACUGUAAAGCAAAUGGUAUCAUUGUAUCACAUUUCCAUGUGAAUGACAUUGAAAAACUAUUAUCAUAAAAACGAUUGUCAAUUCACAUUAUUUAUAAUGGACAUUUUUAAAUGCUGAGAUUAGCUACAAUGCAUCGAAUGAACCGUUUUGUAGAAAAUUCAGUGUUACAUUCAGGUGAAAUUGGGGGUAAAGAUUAAGAACUACUUUUAAAUGCAAUUAUUUUGGUUCAACUUUAUAUUGUAGUUAAUAUUAACAAAAGAAGAAUUUCUGAAGUAACUAACCUUGAUUUCGUGCUUUAAAUACAAAAUAUUUAUGCAAUCAUUUUUGUAUAUCCACACUAUUUAGAAUUAACAGCCUUCUCGUAAAGCAGCAUGUAUUAACGAUUAAGGGACGAAAUUAGAGAACAUUCAUUUACUGCAAUUUUGUACUUUGCAAAUUCAGUCAGACAUUUCGAAAAAAAAUGUAAAUAAACAAAUCCCUAAAUACCAUAAUUAUAAAAUUUAUUUUUGUACUUUAAUUUAAGAUAUUAGUUAAAAUUUAUCGUUUUGCUUUAUAUAUAUAUAUUAGUGUAAGAACUACUUUUAAGUGCAACUGGUCUGGUUUAGUUUUAAUAUUAUCAAUAACUAUAUUAUUGGAAAUAAUGACUAAAACAUGGUAAAAGUUGAAAUAAAAUGAGUCCUCAAAUUUAUGAAUAUCUAUCUCUUUAGUUUAUUUAUAAUUUAAUUUUACUGUUCAAUUUGCUAAAUAAUUAAUUCUAAAAAGUAACUAAUAAAAAAUUAAGCAAAUUCAUUUUUAUUAUUAUUAAUAAUUGUGGUCAGCACGGUGGUCAAAUUAUGUAUUAUUUUUCAAGUGAUAAUUUACCAAAUUGGGUAAUCCAGUUCAGUUACAAUCUAUGAAAUGAAAAUUGAAUAAUUCCCAAGCAAAAUUUACGGUUGCCUCCACCCCUCAUUUUUCAAGAUGGCUUAUGUUUGGUGAGCAUUUUAACUGUUGGUGAAUGUUUCCAGAUUUAGCGACAAUCCAUGGCAUAAUUUUCAGUUUAAUCAAUGAUCUUGAUUAAUUAAGAUAAAAUUUGUUAGUCAGCAUAGAUUUUUUUAAAUAUGGUGAUUGCUCUUUUUAAAAGCACUUUUACUAAUAACAAUUUACAGAUAUCUAUUUGUUGGAGUAUAUAUUUUUUUAUCUCUAUAAUCACUUUUAAAAAUAAUGUAUUUCAUAACAUGGAAAUGUAUUUGUACUAUAAUAUUCCAAAGAUAUAAUAGCUACACUUAAACAGUAUGGUGUGGCCCGCACAACUGAAUUUUUCUUUGGGUGAAACUUCACUAGAUGUGAUAAUCCAACUAGUGAUACCACAAGGACUAUUAACAAUUUUUUUUUUUUUUAAUAUUUGGCAAGAUUGGCAAAAACAUCAUAUUUUAUAUAUAUAUUAAAUGUAUAUAUAUUAUAUUGUAUAUAUUAUUGCAUAUCAAAAAAUGCAAAUGUGAAAUUCAAUCUAAUGCAUUUUAUCUCAAUCAAUUAAAGAUUUAAGUCGUUGAUUUAUAUAUAAUUAAUUUUAUCAUAGAUAAAAUUUAAUGAGAAAGAACUAGCUAGACUUUCAGAUUCAGUUCUUAUCGACCAACAUGAUAAAGAGGUAUAUGUGAACAUAAUCACAAACUUCAAUUGUAAAUGUUAAUUAACCAUGAUAUUGUAUAAAUAAUAUAGUAUGUUGAACUACUUUUCAAUCAAAAAUUUAUAAUGUAUAUGAUUUAACAAAUAACAAUGCAAAAAAAAAAAUUUAUGUUC